GAUGUUUUAGCGCGCAUUUCACAGCUGCAUCGAAUUCAUAGUCUGUUUUCCUGACAGGUGACAUUGACAGAGUUUAAAUUCGUUUUAUUUUCGUACUAUGAAGAAAGAGACACCAAGAUGUCGGAAGAAGUGAACGCAGACUUCAACUCUGAUGAUGAAACAAAACACUUUGGCAAGAGACAAGUUGCUGAAAUAAGUGGUGGUGUAUUUGAAUGCCACUCACUCGCCUCUUUUGGAAUAGAUAGUGAAGAUGGAGACAUAUUGUUUCAAGUCAACAGCGUUGCAGGCCCUUUAUCGACAGCAAUUGCCAUCAAUUCCAAAAUAUAUAUAAUUAAUUUUGCGAAUGAAACAUCGGUUGAAACCUUGGGACUUGAUGAAAAUGUAGACUGUGUUGGCUGUACUGAGGAUGGGAAAUACUUGAUUGCUGCCCUGACAAACGGAUUUCUGUUAAUAUAUGAGAUAGCAUCAGCGACGCAGAUAUUUUCAGAAACCAUUGACGUUGCAGUCAAUAAACUGAAAACAUUCUGCUCGAUUUGUUGCUCCAAGGAUGAAUGCAACCGAGUUUUGGUGGUCACAACCAAUGGGACCAUUGUUAACAUCACAAUUUCAGAACAUGCAACUGUUGAUGUUAAAAUUGUGCAAACCAAUGAGAUGGACAAUGUCUCCUGUGCCUCCUUGAUUGCUUCCCCCUCUGGAAAUCUCAACAUAGCUCUUGGCGGCUCCAAAGUUGUCCUUUACUCGACUGACUCUUUUGAAGAUAUCUCCACAUUCCCUAUAAUUGAUGAAAACAUGUCCAUCAAAAGUUUAUGCUUCUGUCCUGACUCGGACUGCUUAUUAGCGCUAUUCCGAAACGGUUGCAUAUCAAUGAUGUGUCCUCAAACAUUGAUUUCCUUCAACGUGCUAGAAAUAUCUGGUUUGGUCCACGAACUUACUCUAAUCUCAAGCACUGAGACCAGCUCUGAGAAAAUUCUUGUGCUGUCAAGUUUGGAAAAGUCAUCAUCAAUAACUAUGAUUGAAACAAAUGGAUUCAGAGAGGUAUACUCAUUUAGCGUUGGCCAAGGAGUGCAUCUUGUAGAUCACAGCGGUCUCUCUGAUGAUGUGAUGUUUUUGGAAAGAGACGCCAGAGAAGAGCAUAAAAAACAGUUAUUGCUGAGGACCAUAGCAAAAAGUCGGCCAGAUUUCCAUAUGAAUAGACUUCUUCGUCAGACAAAGUUUUCUGAAGCACUCACUUUUGCAUCGAAGUACAAGCUUGACUUGCAGCUUGUGCACAAGGCAGAGGUCACUCAUCUCGUCAAUAAUGUGGUGAAAGAUGACACGUUUCCUAAGUUAAUGAAUGCCCUGAAGAAGAUAGAUGAUGCUCCUUUUGUUGCUGAAUGUUGCCUCAGAGCGAAAAUGAACUCCCAUUCUGACACCAUGGAGUUGUUACAAUUUGCUCUUGAGAAAAUCUCUAAUUUGGACUGCAGCCUUGAUUUGCAGAAGCAACUCUAUCAAGCUGCAAGAAGGCUUGAGACAUUCUGUCUACUCGCUGAUGACCAGCAAAAUUGGCUGGACUUCUACGAUGGGAACUUACUGGGAAUUCUGAUAGGUUUCUUAACUCAGGGCAACAGCGUUCACGCUGGAAUAUUGUGGCGUCAGAAUGAGCAAGAGCUUUUGCAGUGCCUCACAUCAGAAACCAUUCCAGAUGUUCUUAACGUCAUUUCCACCAAAACUGACUUGGCACUUGCUAUUGCCUGGUUUGAAGUCUUUGUCCCUAGCGUGCUACAGCACAUGCCGCAAAUUCUACAUGCUGUUGCAAAAAUUUUGUGCAAAAGAGUUAGUUUGUGUGCAUACAAACCCUCUAAAAAUUGGCCCUCUGAAGCUCUGAAGUUCUGCCAAAAGGCAAUUGCUGUGGUUGAGCCAAAGAGUUUCUACGAGCCUUCUGGAUGGCUUAAAGAGUGGCAGAAUCAGCGUUCUUUGCCUGAGUCGCCAACUAAAGAGCUUUACAUCAUGCACAAGGCUCUCUCAGAUUUAAGUUUGUUCAAGGAAAAAUUAGCAGUCACAAUGAAUUUGGAAGAAUACGCUCAACUUUCAACCAUCGAAGGCAUCCACACACUGCUGAAGAAAAUACACUCAAAUAAAUUUCCAGAACUCUUUAGCAACUUUAAGACACUGAUUCCUAAUAGUAAUGUUGAUCCUGAGGAAGUCAUAUCUACAUUUGUAGAAAUGCAUGUCUACGCUGGCUCCAAAAUAUUUGACUCAGCUAUCUGGGAGGAAAAAAUAAUAGCUUUGAUUGAGUUCCUCACAAGCCAAGAGAAAACUGCAAGCUGUGUUGAGAGAGUGCUGCAAGAAUGUCCUGUACCUUGGAGCAAGACCAUCAACGCCUUUGCUGUUCACGCUGAAAACCUUUCUAUGGAGAUGGGUGCUGUAGUGAAGAAACAAAGACAUUUGGCUGGCAUCAAAGUAGUUCUGGACAAAUAUGACUUGCUUCCAUUGCUGGACGAGGGAGAGCAUUCCCUGGAUAUCAUCUAUGCUUUCCGAGCAAUUUUCUUCCAUCAGCAACCUAGCAUGCUCGAGGAUGCGUUUGUAAUUUCCACCAUUAGAUCAGGCUCUCGAUUAGAUGUUCACACCUUCUACAUUGUCCAUCUCCUGGAUUACUUCAAAAUGGGAGAAGCAACAAAGUAUUUGGAAUCGCUCUGUUGUGAGGAAAGAGAGCCUGUUUGCGAAAUGAUGAUGUGCAAAGUAGAGUCCUACAUUUUUUUUGAAAUGGUGGAUGAAGCAGUGGAUAUUGCGGCCUUUCUGACAAUUGUGGAAGAUUGUUUAAAAGAUUUGUGGAAGAGUAAAAUGGGCAAAAUUCAACUUCAAGUUGAAGUUCGUGAACUUCACAAAAGGAUCGAAUCGCUGCAAAACCGUAUACGUGCUCUAACCAAAAUCAACGUCGCAUCAACCAGGGAGGCAUUCCAUGAAAAUUCCAAGGGAGAUGAAAUUGCUAUCAUGGAAUCAUGGAAGCGUGCUUGUGCUGUAGGAAAGCUAGCAGAGCAAUCAAGCUCUGAAAUAGCUUUGAUGUUUGCUAAAAACAACUGGUCUCUUAAGAGUGUGAAAUUUUUAGAAGCCAUUCUCACGGAUUCCUUGCAAGAUCCGAUUACCAUUAAGGAGGUAGACAUGGUCCUUGAUUUAGUUGAAAACAUUCCUGCCACAAACCUGGAAAUCAUUGAACUAACCCAACUGAUCGUUGGGCGCUCAACGCUCCUUUGUCCAACUGGUUGUAUCACAACUCUGCUGGAAAAAGCAACCAAACUUUCAAAUAUGGCAGAUCUAAUGAAACAUAGCAGCUUGGAAACUACUCUUGAAGAAUUUGGUUUAGGAGAAAUGAUGUCAACCAAGGACCCAUUUGUUUCUUGGUCGUUUUCUCCAGUGUUUGAUGACUCUCCAGUGAAUGUGAAAUCUAGCUCCGAAACUCUCAACAUCAUUCAAAGAGCAGAUAGUCAACUCGCCAGUGGAAAUCCAGAGAACACUGAGAGGGUUUUUUCACAUUUAGAGAAACUUCAAGUUGAUCGUUGCGACCUCUUGGCAUUCUGCCUCAUCUGCAAGUACCUUUGCAAGAAUUCUAAGGACCCAGAAAUUGCAAACGUGCUCAAAAAUUCGAAGAAAUCCCUCAUUCAAUCUCUUUUGAGCAAAGUUUUACAAGAUCGUAAGGCUGACUUAACUCUGGCUUUGGAGUUACUCCUAACUUUUGAUCUUCCUGAUGCUCUCAACUGGUUGGAGACUUCGAUCGCAAGAGUCAGGAAUGACUGCAACCACCUGUUCCGCAUCGCUCAACUUGGAAUUGAUUACUCCUCAAUCCUUCAGAACCGAGAACACAUUCCCAAGCUUGCUAACUUACUCAUGCUGUCUUGCUGGGGGAAAAAAUUGAAAAAGUUGGGACUUUCACCAAGGGGAAUUAUGAGUCAACAUUUCACUGAUCAGGAAAACACCUUGAUGAAAAUAAUGCUUCAAAAGCCAUAUGAACCACUUUCAACUUUGGCCAAGUUUUGCAAAGACUUUGGCCUCGAGGUGAAUGUCGAGAUCAUCAGGUUGGUUGAGUCAAUGAUUCUCAACUGGAAGCCCAACUUGGAACUCAAGAAAUCCCAAUGUGGACAAGAACAGUUAGUAGUUAUGAAAGAUAAAGAGUUUGAGAAAAGAGUCAUUCGGCUGGUUCGACAACUGCAUCCCAAGUAUUUCAAAGUGUUUGGGGACAAAGUGGACAACAUUUGGGACAAACUGAAUCCCUACCAUUAUGAAAUGUUUGGGUGUCUGCUGACCUUGAAGAAGUGCAUCAUUGGUCCUCAAUUUUCAAGCAUCCAGUCAGAUAUUCUCACCUUCCUUGAGCCUUACAAACGUUCUGUCACACCUAGAGGAGCUGAAAUUGACAGAUGGUUGAGCGCCAAUCCAGAUGAAACUGUUCUUCCUGAAUUAGCCAACUAUCGCCUUCCCUUCCCUUCAUUCAUGAAUGAUGUUCUGAAUAUCAUCAAGUCUGAAGUUACCUUAAACAACUACAUGAUUUGGCUGAAGGCACCAACCGCUCUCAACCUUGAUGCUGAUGAGAUCUGCAUUUCGGCCAUAAAGAACUCGAUUACAGAUGAAGUACGUCUCGGUGACUUGUCUGAGUGGAACUUAAGAUCAAGCGAAAAGUUAGUUGAAGAAGUCAGUGAAUGUGCUGGCCACAUGAAGGAUUUACCAGCUGCAGCUGCGAUUUUGGACUACGCCUGCAAGAGAAUCCCUUUGGGUCAGGACAGAAUUUCGCUAAUGGACCUUUGCCAUCAAAAGCUGCUUGCUGCAGAAGAAGAAAGGGGGCCAGAUGCAUCAGUCAACUUGGAACACAAGGUUUCAAGCAAGCUGACAUUAUACUGUGUGGUUCACGCUUUGCAUGCAUACAACUUAGCUCAGCAGCAGUAUCUAGAGCUGGCCAGUCGACCUGAAGAGUUGAUCGAAGCCCUGUAUAGAGACGCCUCUAUCAUUGAAAGGGUGUGUGGAGGUGUUGGGAGCUAUCCAGAUAUUCACAGUGCUGUUGGAAAUAUUGCGCACAUCACUUCCCUGGACAUUGUGCAAAUUCGAUUUAACAUUUUGAGCAACCUCUUGUUUUCUGAAUCAUCCUACACUGACUCUCUUGAUGAGUCGUUUGUUGAUAUUACGAAAGCCUGGCAGCAGUACAACAAAGAAUCUGUUUCCAAUACUCUGGAGUCUAACACCAAUUUACUGAAAGCUCAAUACAUGUUGGAAGCUGGUGAUCGGAUGUCUAAUUUGGACUUUUUGAUCAGUAUAAUAAACAAUGACAAUAUACCGUGCAGCAACAGCGUUCGCUUGAAAGCAUGGCGCCUUCUGCUUGGAUUGGCUCCGCUAAGUACCAUUUCAGAAGGUACUGCCAUGCCUGAAACAGACAUUGACGAACAUAUGAGGAUCCUCUACUUCUUGAGCGAACUUGAGAUGAUACAAGGCCAAGUUGGAAUCUCAGUCACUCAUUUCAAAGGCACAGACAAAAAGGCCUUUGUAGAUGGCUUGUGGCACAACCAUUCGUCUAAUCCCAGAGCACUGAUGUUGAUAUCAAGAGUUGCAGUCUCUUAUGAAAUACUCAACAGUAGCCUCUGGCAGAACCUGCUCACUAAAAUGAUCCACUUGAAAAUGGAGAAAGAGCUGUUGGAGUUGAUGCCAAAGAUGAAUUCAUUUGUAAACUUGUUCCACCUACAGCCCUUCAUUAGGGCUUGGAAUUUCUCAAUCGCAGCGCCUUUUUCCAAAGCUGAUUCUCCAAUGACUCCUGAGCAGUUCAACUUGUGCAAGCAAAACUUGAUUCUUCUGCAAAAGUGUCCUAUCUCAUGCCACAUUGACAUACAAAAUAUUUUCAACCUCAGUCUCACAAAACAAAGACCAGAAUUGGCCGCAGUGCUGAUACCUUACCUGCCUCCGCAGCAAUCAAAGAGGCUGAUUCAGGAAAUUCUCAAGUCUGUAGACCUUGCGGAGUUGGAAAUACGGCUGGCCAAACUUGAGGAUGACAUGAUGGGCUUUCCUGUACUAAGAGUGAGAAGUAUGAUCAAACCAACAGCAAAUGAGAACUAACUCUUCUAGGGCGAAAACUUCACUUAAUAUUAGAAUUUUUUUCCGAGCUGGAAGUGGAGCUAUAGUUAAAUAGUAAAUAUAUUAAAUUAUCAUUUUCAUUAAGUGGAACGUAAUCUCAUUUAUUUUUUAUUCUACUAAGUGCCAAGAAAAUAUGAGCUUAAAUGCGCCGAUUGUUGAUAAAACUAAUAAAAUAUUGACUUUCAUUUCA